UUACCCGGAAAUGCAGCGAGGCCGAGGCCGGCCAGCGUCUUGUACCUGUUCCGCUGGGAUAGCUGUUUGACAGUGUGCUUAUGUCUCUCUGUUCAUUUGCUUUCGCUUUAUUUAUUUUUUUUUGCAUCGGACUCCGCUGAAACGAUCGAAUAUUCUCAAAAUGGCGUUAUCCAACUUGGAGCAGGGCAAUCCCGAAUCCUUCAUAUCGAAGGCGGUGAGAAUCGCUUGCGUGGUGGCUAUAUACUGGUUCAUAUCGAUCACUAUGGUCUUCCUAAACAAGUACUUGUUGGACAGUCCGGAUCUGAGGCUGGACGCGCCCCUGUUUGUCACUUUCUUCCAGUGUUUCGUGACAGUGUUACUCUGCUGGCUGCUGAAUCUGCUCAGUGUCCUGUGCCCCGGUACGGUGGAGUUCCCUUCGAUUAGGUUCGACCCUAAGAUUUCCAGGGAGAUCCUCCCUUUGUCCCUGGUCUUCAUCGGAAUGAUUACUUUCAACAAUCUGUGCCUCAAGUACGUCGGAGUGGCGUUCUAUAAUAUUGGGCGUUCCUUGACCACUGUCUUCAACGUCCUUCUGUCCUAUGUGAUUCUGAAACAGACCACAUCGUUCAGGGCCAUCUUGUGUUGUGGGAUCAUUAUAGGUGGUUUUUGCCUGGGAUUAAAUCAGGAAGGUGUAGCAGGCAGUCUGUCCUGGUUUGGAGUAAUGUUUGGUGCGAUUGCCAGUUUAUGUGUAUCCCUGAAUGCCAUAUACACAAAGAAGGUUCUGCCAGCUGUAGACGGCAGUAUCUGGAGAUUGACCUACUACAACAAUGUCAACGCCUGUAUACUCUUUCUUCCAUUGAUUACAAUCACUGGGGAAUUGAAGACUUUGUAUUACUUUGACAAGAUGAGCAGCGCUAACUUUUGGGGUGUGAUGACCUUGGGAGGUGUGUUUGGUUUUGCAAUUGGAUACGUCACAGGGCUGCAGAUUAAAUUCACCAGCCCCUUGACCCACAAUGUCUCUGGUACGGCCAAAGCAUGUGCACAAACUAUUCUGGCAGUGUUUUACUAUGAAGAAGUGAAGACCUAUCUCUGGUGGACAAGUAACAUAAUGGUCCUCGUCGGCUCCUUUGCAUACACCUGGGUAAAGGGACGAGAGAUGAAGGAAGUGCAAGAUGAGACACUAAACAAGAACCGCGAGAGGAGUGAGGCCGGAGUCUAAAAUAUGGGUAUUCGAUCAGACUUGAUCUACAGUGGAAGCUUGAUUGUCUGCCAUGGUGGAGGGGUGCCCAGAUGGUUAGAGAAUGGAAAGUGGCCAACAAUCAAGAUUUCACUACAACUCUCCCCUUUUAUAGCACUCCCUCUUUAGCUGACCAACGAGAUGGACUGUCUGCUUGAAUGGGCGAUCAAUAUUAGCUGACCUGCCCACAUCAAGUUCUCCAGACUGCCCAUGCACUCAACGCCUUUGCCGCCAAUGACCAGCGAUAAACAUUAAACGCAUCGUGCUCAAUCGCAGCAAUAUCUUCAGCAGCUACCAUAAUGCCAAUAUCAACAACUUUGAAGCGAAUGGAAAGCUGGUCCUAUGUAAGGGCACCCUCUAAGCUGCUGAGUAGCCAAAUGGCUGAUUAUUGACCUCCGGCAACUGGAUUUGCUGUCAGAUGCACUAACACACCACUCCUGUUAUCCAAGUUCAUGAUUAUCUCUUGAAAUUCUUGUGGUUAAAUGAAAUUUUACUGUUCAUUAAUUACAAAAACUCCAGGGAAUACUUUUUUUCAUUGGCUAUAACUUGGAGAUUUGUUUAGAGGAGUUGUUCAUUUAGCAUUUUCAGAAAUUGGUGGUCUUUCUUAUACUGCUACACUCCCAAAGAACCUCUUGUGAAAGCUGAAAUUGCUUUUGCCCCAUUCCUUGCUUGAGUAUACCUGGAAUCAGUGUUUCACGUGGAAACUCUCUUCCCUCCCCCUGCACAUACUCGUCUAACCUUCUCUUAAAUGUAUCUAUUAUUUGCCUCAGUCACUCCAUUAUACUGAGUUCCACGUUUCGCACCACUCCUUUUGGUAAAGACGUUUCCUCUGAGUUCCCUAUCUGAUUCCUUGGUGACUAUUUUAUAUUAAUGUUCUCUGGUUUUGCUCUUUCCCACAAGUGGGAACGCUCUUGUGUUCUGUGUAGCAUUGGGAGUAAUGAUGGGGCUGGUGUUUAAGUAGCAAUUAGAAAAUUCAAAGAGGUCCAGCGUUAUCGAAGGAGGUUUUUUUAAUUUGUUUGAAGGGAUAUGCAUUGUUUUUUUUUAAACACUGUAAGGGCAGAGAGCAUCUUCAGGAUAACGAGAGCCUGAGAGGCGUUCUUGUGAGUUUUGCCUGAAGUAAUAUGAUUGUAUAAAUUAUUUUUUAUAUUUUCAUUGAAAGGGAAAACACAUGCAGCAGGGUUGAAAAGCACUAUUUGAUUGUUGGGGAUUUUCUGUGUGUACUGUGCAAUGGGUCUGUGCCUGCCAAUUAAAAUUUGUCUAAAACAUCUUUGAUAUUCUGAAAAUAAACUAAAUUUUUUUUAUUGCUA